AUGUGGCUCAACAUCACAACCUUCAAAUCGCAUGACCUGGCACUCGCCCUCAACCAAAAUGGCACCGACGGCCUCAAGCGACGUGCCCGCCGGCCUCCUCCCGCGCUUCUUUUAUCCCCGCAGCCGGAAGCCGAGCAGCAGAGCGGAAAGCCUGGCUUUGGGGUCCGCGGUGGUUUAGGGAGCGCCAGGGCUGUUGUGUGGCUGCACGGUGGUGCUGCAGGGCGGGAUGCUGUACCCCCGGGAGAGCCCGUCACGGAAGUGCAAGGAGCUGGACAGCCCCUGGAGCUUCCGCGCCGACUUCUCCGACGACCGGCGCCGGGGCUUCCAGGAGCGGUGGUAGCGGCCGCUGCUGCGUCUGGCCCCACCCUGGACAUGGAGGUUCUCUCCAGCUUCAAGAACAUCUGCCAGGACUGGCGGCUAUGGCAUUUUGUCAGCUGGGUGUGGCACAAAUGGGAAGUGACCUUGCCAGAGUGGUGGACCCAGGACCUCCACAGAAGAGUGGUGCUGAGGAUUGGCAGUGCCCAACUCCUAUGCCAUUGUGACUUUGACUUCAGCUCGGCGGGACUGCAGCGGUCUGUGCUUCUGUUCACGACACUCACCACCUGCAUUGAUGACAUCACCAUCACCGUCACCACCAGCGUGGAGCAAGACAGUGGCGAGAGCUUCCAGUUCCCAUCCACCUACAAAGCUCAAAUCCAGACUGUCUGAGCGGGCACCGGCUCCCAAAAUCACCUGUGUGGUUGACCUCAUUUGGAGAAGAGGGGUCUUCUUGCCUAUGGUCACAGAGCUCAGGGUGGCAAUCCUGUCCCUUUCCCAUGGAGCUACCCUCACUCCAGCUCCCCUUGGUACACAUUGUGCUCAAGGAACAGGCAGCUUACCAGGUACUCCCUGUGGCCCGAGGCUCCCACCAAAUCCCUGAGCAAAUAGUGCAGUGUUGCCAGUCUGUGGUUUCAUGUUGAACUAAUUAAAUGCUCAAGUGCUGUUUAACUGCAUGCCUUGAUGAGUGCCUCUCUCCAUCCUUUAAUGACCCCUGAUGCCCACAUGGCUCAUGAGUGAAGAUGUCCCCACCCCAGAUGCCCCUUCCCAAGGUGUGCUUUCAGGACUCAGCUCCUAGACAGGGACAGUCAGCCAUUAGGGAUAGGGUGGGACCAGGGCAGGGGCUCUC